AUGAACCGCUCGAAAGCCGUUGCAAUCGUCGUCGAUGCCGCGUUUGGCUUCAAGGACGACCCUGCUGCACUGAGGUUGCUGGAGAAGAAGAAUGCUGCUCUGAUUGUGGAGCUGAGACUGAAGAAGAUGAGUGCUGCUCGGAUCGUGCACCAGCAAUCAAGGAUGAAUGUUGCUCGGAUUGCGGAACACCACCCAAAGAUAACACAUGCUGCUCGAAUCAAGGUUCGGCGCUUGAAGACGAUUGCAAAGACAACUGCUGUGCUGGAGCGUCUAGUCCACCUUCCGGUUCUGAAAGCUGCUGCGCAAAACCUGACGCCGCGCUACGAAUCGCUGAUGAGAAAAAAUGCUGUGAAGACGACGGCUGCUCGAAGCCAACAAUUCGUCGUCGCACUAUACAUCGCAAUGCAUGUGAAAAGGAGUCCAUUGGGCAUUCACACGCCAAAGUCAGGCCUUCUCACCACAAUGCUCACACGCAAUGUGGGAUGGGAAAUACUCUUGGCCCCUCGUGCUGGGCAUCAUCAUCACCCCAAGAAAGACUCUCCCAGCCCCGUUGUGAAGAACGGUAUCAUCCGUACUUUUACGAGAGCUGAAGGCUCGUCGUUAGUCGAUGAGACUCUUCUUGAGCGAGGUGGAUCCGAAAUUCGCAACCUCGUCCUAUCAGUUCACGGCAUGGACUGUCCAUCGUGCGCUUCGAAACUCACUAAAGCUCUCCUCACGCUCCCCUCCGUGACAAACGUCAAGGUGAACUCGUUCACUGACCAGGCGACGCUGAUGUACAAGGAGGGCGUGGUUCUUCCUGAAAACGUCGCAAAACGCGCGUCAGAACUUACAGGCUUCACUUGCGCUGUCCUCCAGGAGGUUAGGGUCGAAGGCAAUUGCAAGACCAUGCGCGUCAUCAUUCCCGACAAGGACGUGUCUUGGGAGAAGACCAACCUACCCCCUAGCGUGACAGUGAUGGCUAUGAGACGUCAGCAGACCAUGAAUAUCCUCGAAAUCGAGUACGAUGCCGCUGUCAUCCAGCCUCGCUUAGUUUUAGCAGCGUUUGCGCCUUGGGAAGCGAGCUUCCUACCUACUCCAAAACCAAAGGCUAGUGACCAGGCAGUAGAGGAACUUAUCGCGCUUCUUCGUCGCACGCUGGCCUCGGCUUCCUUGUGCAUCCCUGUCCUUGUAUUUGCGUGGGCACCACUUCCAGCAAGGCCCAACGUCUAUGGCGGGUGUUCCCUCGCUCUCGCAACUCUGAUUCAGUCGUUCAUAGCAGCCCCCUUAUAUUCUUCCGCAUUGCGCUCCCUUUUCUAUCAACGGCUCAUAGACAUGGACCUAUUGGUCGUCCUCAGCUCCUCUAUAGCCUACAUAUUCUCGGCUGUCGCCUUCUUAAUGCAGGUUGCUGGGAAACCAUUCUCUGAGCCAUUCUUCGAAACUCCAACCUUACUCAUCACCCUGAUCAUCUUAGGCCGCCUCAUCUCUGCGUAUGCGCGGCGACGGGCUACGUCAUCUCUCGACGAUAUCAGGGCGCUGCAAGCCGAGACGGUAGACCUCGUGGAUUCAGAUGGCUCCAUCGUGACAAUCUCUGCGGAGCUAGUCCAUAAAGAUGAUGUCCUGAGGGUCUUGCCAGACACGCUCAUUCCAACAGAUGGUGUUGUGUUGCGUGGUACCAGUCAAGUCAACGAGUCUUCUAUCACGGGCGAGAGUAUGCCUGUGCAAAAGAGCGAAGGAUGUAAGCUGACGGCCGGAACCUUGAAUCAGUCUGGUGUCCUAGAAAUGGGAGUCGAGCGAGUGCCCUCAGACAAUACGGUGUCCGACAUCGGGAGACUCCUGCUUGAGGUUCAGGACUCGCGCCUUCCCGUUCAGGAUCUGGCUGACCGCGUGGCAUCGUAUCUCGCCCCUGUGAUUUUAGCAAUAGCGGUGGUCGUCUUUUGUGUCUGGAUCGCGGUCGGGAUACGCGUCCGAAGCCAGGAUUCCAGCACUGCAGGAAUUGCGGCACUUCGCUACUCUAUCUCCGUGCUUGUCAUUUCUUGUCCGUGUGCUUUGGUCCUCUGUGUGCCCAUGGUAGUGGUGAUUUCUGCUGCUGUUUCUGCCAAGGAAGGUAUUUUAUUCAAGUCUGUCAAAGCAGUGCAGUAUGGCAAGAAUGCCCAGGUAGUCGUGUUUGACAAAACGGGAACGUUGACGACAGGAAACCUUUCCGCAGUGCAGGUCCAUAUUCCAUCGGACGCGUCGAUCAGCAUGAUCCUCGGACUCGUUUCAAGCAGUCGCCAUCCCGUCGCGCAAGCAGUAGCAGAAUACUUACGAGUCACAUAUCCAGACGUUUCGGAAGUGCAACUCACUGAUAUGAAGGAGAUACCCGGGGAAGGUAUCGAGGCGCAGCAUGGACAACUGCUGGUCCGAGGCGGGAACCCGACCUGGCUCAAGAUCACAGAGGACCCGUCUAUCCAGGACUUGCAAAGGAAGGCACUCACUUUAUUUGCUGUGACCGCGGGGCAGAAUCUCGUUGCCACGUUUGGCCUUGCAGAUACCGUCCGCCCCAGCGCCCGUGCUGCUAUUCAGCUCCUCAAGCAGCGCAAAGCUGAUAUAUAUAUUGUCAGCGGCGAUGAGCAGAGUGUCGUCAGCACCCUUGCCGAGAAACUCGGUGUCGACCCCGAUCAUGCCAUCGGGGAAUGUCGGCCGCAGGCCAAACAGGAGCGCGUGCGGGCUCUGCAGACUGCAUCUGCGGUUAAGGGUAGGGCUAAGAAUGGCGCUGUGAUGUUUGUCGGCGACGGGACGAACGACAGUCUUGCACUCGCACAGGCCGACAUUGGCGUGUCCCUCAGCUCCGGGACAGACAUUGCCCUUAGCGCUGCAGACGUCAUCAUCCUCGACUCUGAUACCGCUGACCUCGCGCGCAGCCUUCGGACUAUCUUCAGCAUCUCCCAGGGCGCGGUACGCAGAAUCACGGUCAACUUCGUAUGGGCAUUCGUAUAUAAUACGGUCGCGGUUCUCUUUGCCGCGGGCGCGUUCGUGAGAGUGCGCGUCGCCCCCCAGUACGCGGGUCUGGGCGAGAUGAUUUCAGUUGUCCCAGUUGUUUUGGUCGCCUGGAGUAUGUGGCUCUUGAGACGUUAG